GAUAAGGCGUCACUUAAUUGUGGAAAAGGCCACAUAGGUAGCGACCCGAAUGGCUUCGUACCUCCAGGGAUUGGUGAACCACCGAGGUGGAAACUGUUUGAUAGCACGUCGCCAUACUACAUUGAGGAGGAUACUUUCUAUGAUUUGAACAAGACGAAGAUGAUGGCCAAAAGACUGAAGAGUCUUCACAACUCCUCAAACGUCCUUGUGAAUGGCAACUUCGCAGAUUGGAAGAAGCCAGACGGCACGGUUGCGAAGCUGCCAGCUUAUUAUUCUACAGUGUCAUACCGACAAACCUACAUCAUCCGUUCUUUUCACCAGAUGCAUUGUCUUAUUUCUAUUGCCGAGGAAUAUGGCCACAGGGCCAACAACGUCUCGUCUCAGUGGGCUCCCAAGCACAUAGCCCACUGUCUCAACGCUAUCCGUGAAGCCAUCAUGUGCUUAGCGGACGCUACGCCAAUGACCUACGUGAACGGCUUCGCUGUCGGUCAUGUCACGGAUGACCAGCAAUUCAUGUGCAGGGACUGGUCAGCGCUGCGCAGGUGGGCGAACGAUCCGGUGAGGGGAAUCCGCUAUAAGAACGUUGCUCCUGAGGGGGCGGGCUAUGACAACAAUACGGAGAUUAUCCCCUUCCCAGAGCUCUCUGAGUUGGAGAAGGUCGGUUUAGCUUGA